CGAACUUUGGAGGAAAAACCCCAGAGUUUAGGGAGGAAAUCUGGGCGAUACCUAUAUUAGGGUAAUGAAGCAUAUAAUAGUUCACCUGUUUGUCAUUCUCAAAGAGAUCAGGUGCGCGCCGUAGGUACGACGCCUGGAAAAGAAUAAUUUGGAAAUUUCAAUGUGCGAUGGUUCAAUGGCCCGUGCUGACGCCAAGGAGUUAGCGAGCCCUACUUUCUCAAGAUUUGAGCCUACGAACUUCUGAACCUCAUUUCUACGACACAAACGACCAUAUCCAGUCGCAACAAUGGUACGCUAUUCGGCAAAUGAGAUCCAUCCCACAAAGAGCGCUCGCUCGAGGGGGGCCUACCUCCGAGUGUCAUUCAAGAACACUGUACGUUUGAAUCUGCGUCUGCCGAGAUGGGAACGCCUCAAAAUUGGAUUGAGAAAAUACUGAUGACGGGUGGAAUUAGCGCGAGACCGCACAAGCAAUCAACGGAUGGAAGCUGCAACGCGCUGUUGCCUUCCUUGAGCAUGUUAAGGAGAAGAAGGAGGCUGUUCCUAUGAGACGUUAUGCCGGUGGAACUGGACGAGCUGCACAGGGUACGAUUCACGACACCACAUAGAUUGGGGGAAAUAUGGUCGCAGAGGCAGAGGCUAAUGGGGGUUAAUUGCAGGCAAACAAUUCGGUGUCUCCCGCGCCAGAUGGCCAGUCAAGUCCGCCGAGUUCCUUUUGGGUCUCCUCAAGAACGCCGAAGCCAACGCAGAUACCAAGGGCCUCGAUACCGGUAACUUGAUCGUCAAGCACAUCCAAGUCAACCAAGCACCAAAGCAACGCCGACGAACAUACCGUGCCCACGGUCGUGUAAGGACAUCCGAUCACGAAGGUUAGAAGGAAUUGUUCGCUGACAAGCUUUUAGAUCAACCCAUACAUGUCCAACCCAUGCCACAUCGAGUUGAUUUUGACUGAGGGAGAGGAGGUUGUUCAGAAGUCCGAGGCUGUUGAGGGUCGUGAGCCAGCACACUUGAGCUCAAGACAACGUGGUGCUCGUCAACGCGCUGCUAUCACUGCUGCAUAAAUGGUUGUUUUUUAUGGGUUGGGGCGCGAAUGGGUUUCCUGAUCACGGACGGUGUCAAAUUGAAGACGCUUCUCUACGGGAUGAUUUGUACUUCGGUAGCUUAUUUUGCGGGACACCAAGGAGAAAAAUGAUUCAUUAAAGC